GAGGUUAAGGUAGCAGUAGCAACAGUGGGAAUCAUCUGUAGUGUCUUUGAACAUAUUCAAACACUCAGUAUUCUGCAUUUUCAAUGUUGGAAACAAAAUUGCACAUUCCCUUCAGGCUGUAGAUGCUUAUGGCCAGCUCUAUGACUCCUGAGGAGUUGGCAACCACGCCUGCGGGAAUCCCGCCGCCGGGAGUGGUGCCCAACCUUAUCGAUCCGCCCUCAGAUGGCAAUCUUUUAAUUAUCAUCGGCAGCAUCAUGAUGGCCCUGAUGCUUAUCACAGCAGGGCUGAGUUUUUACACAAGAAUUUUUAUCAGACGGGGAACCGCACCGGAGGACUGGACACGUCUCGUUGCAGUGAUUGGUGCGAUAUUCUAUUUCGUGAUUUGUGUCAUCGCCGUCGUGAAAGGAAAGUUCGGGACACACAUGUACGAUCUCUCACUUGCUCAUGUUUCAAGCGAUGCAUUCAUCAUCUCAGGGUACUUUGCGAAUUGGGUAACUUCGAUCGUAUGGGGUUUUGCAAAGACUACUUUCUUCCUGAUGUACCUCUCAAUGUUUCAAAGCAUUACGUGGUAUCGAUACGCCAUCUACUUUGGACUCUUUGUGAACUGGGGGUUUUAUAUCGCCAUCAUCAUUGCUACUCUCUAUUUCACCAGCCCUGCACCGGGGCAGACUUGGCAGGAGUCAUUUGCCUCGCCGCGAUACGCAAAGUCCUUAACAAUGACCAUUCCCAUUGCCUCUGGCAGUCUGGCUCUUGACCUGUACAUUUUGAUCCUACCCAUGUUCCCCAUCUGGGGGUUGCGUAUGGAUCUGAAGAAGAAGCUUGGCGUUUUAUCCAUCUUUGGGACAGGCGUACUAGCUUGUGUCGCAUCGUCUCUCAGUAUCUACUUCAAAAACAGGCUAGACCACCACACUGAAGAUUUUAGCUAUUAUACCCUGCCUGUCCUCAUCAUGUGCUUGGUUGAAAUGUGUGUCGGAAUCACAGCAAGCUGCAUGCCAUCCAUGGCUCUCUUUUUCCGUACCAAAGGCGGCGUCCUGAGCCGGCUUUUCUCGCGGAUCAUUCCACAUUCAUCCAGGCUGGGGUCGAGUAAAGCAAAGCGCAUGAAUGGCGAUCUCUCGAUCGAAUCUUCUGAUCAAUGGCCACUGCGUCCUAUGCCAGAUAAGAUCCAGUACAGGCGAAUGGAAGACGCUCUUCUCGACUCAACAACCUUGAAUAAGGUGGAGCCGGUGCGCACGACGAUCCGGGCGGAGCCACGACCGCAUAGUCUGGCUAAUGAUGGGAUUCGCUUAGAGUACGAGAUUGAUCAUGGCAUUCAGUACAAUUCAAACGCUGUCUAAUCAAUAAAAAGUAUACUACUGGGCGAGAAAUGAUUCUCAGGCCGUGCAUCGGGCAUCGUACCUUGUAUGAGUAUAGUAUACAGCACAUAAAUACUCCG